UUCUGUUUGCAUUCUGUGUAUUAUCUCGUACUAUUAGCAUUGAAAAUGAAUAUUGCUGUCUUGCUCGCGCUUAUAGUCACAUCCAGAGCGAGUGGAACUACCACAACAACCCGCGGUAUCGACGACACCCAGCCGACCUUGCAGCCAGCAGAUGUCACAGCCCCAAUCUGGUACAAUCGCCAGCCAGCAUUCACUACAGACGACCGCCAGCAGACAAACUACUUGCUAUGCAAGAUGGCACACAACGGGCGUGACCAGUGGGCAGAAACCACGGGCCCUGAUGUCAGCCGGUUGCCACUCUUUGGCGGAGUCAAGCCGCCACAGAAAGUCUGCAGCCAGUGCUUCUGCCUACCCAACACUCAGCGCGUUUUGCGAAAGGCAAUGGCGCCUAGACUUUCAAAGCGCUCGUCGCAGGACAUGCCUGAGUCCAACAGCAUGCGUGUUCGUGCUCCUGGCCUCUAUGUCAACUAUGAGGCAUGUGUCAGAGCGAACCACAGCCGAGUGUUUUUGCGUGGGUGCAACCGCUGCGUGUGCAGGCAGGAUGGCGUUGUAAUGUGCACGAACAAAGUGUGCACGAGGAGCGUGCUUGCAGUAGAUCCCAGUAGCAGGGGCCGCAUUGCUUCCUUAAAAUGGAUUCCUCUGGCGCACAACCCAACCCCCGAGACUUCUAACAUGGGUAGCAAAUUCCGUACCAACAACGUUCGCCUUUCAGGAGCCCUCACAUAUGAUACCUAUGAGCAAUGUCUGGAUGCGCACGACGGAUCCAGGACAUUCUACGCUGAUUGCAAUCUGUGCAUCUGCGGCUACGACGGUGAGGUUGCUUGCACUAUGAAGAACUGUCCGCAUCCACCCCCACUACCGCACAUCUCAAGCAAUAUCCCUAUAUCAACAGAACAGCCUCGGACCCGUGAUCCCCCGCCGCUGGUCCGCCGUGUGGCCCCGACCUUCACGAGACCACUUUCUGCCAGCAUCGAUCCGAUUACCACCCCGCCUGCCCCAACCCCCUGGGACUAUGGCUCGUACAGCCUCUGCGUGAGUAUAAAUGGCGGCCCUAAUUUUAAGCGCUUGUUCAGAACAUGCUGGUGUCAGAGCAGUGGUAAGGUGGCCUGCAGACUUGCACUUUGCACUCGCCUGUUCCCGAUCUCGCAGCUGACCACCCCGACCCCUACCUUCGAAUUAUAUCCCAA